UAUCAGUAUUUUAUGAACAUUUGCACGCGUUGGACGCGUUUUUUUGCUCUUUAACUCUUUAGCGCGCACGUGACGCGUGUUUUUUUUUUUCAACGCCAUGGCAUUUGUUGAAAUGUUUUUUAUGCUUACAUUUGUGGGCGUGCUGCUGUAUCGCUGGUCCAUGGGCUGUUACAGUUACUUUGGCAAACGCAAUGUUGCUUUUGUCAAGGCCAAGCCGCUGCUGGGCAAUGUGCCCUUGUCGGUGAUGAUGGGCAGCGCUUCGUAUCUACGUCACAGCAUUGAGCUGCAUCAGCAGCUAAAGCAGCACAAGCUCUACGGCAUUUAUAAUAUGCGAGAGCCGCAAUAUCAGCUGGCGGACGCAGAGCUCAUACGUCAAGUUUGUGUGCAGCAUGCGGAGAAGUUUUGUAAUCAUCGCGCCGGCAUACACGCCGACGAAGAGAGCGAGAGCGAGAGCGAGGGCACCAUGUUGAGCAAAAUGUUGCUCUCACUACGUAACGAGCGCUGGCAGCGUUUACGUAAAGCUUUGACGCCAAGCUUUGCCGGCGCGUCGAUCAGCAAGCAAUGCGAACUGUUAAACAUUUGCAGUUUGCAGGCAGCGCAGCAUUUGGAGCGUCAACUGCGCAGCAGCGAGUUGGAAAAUGUUGUUGAGCUGGAGCUUAGCGAGUUUUUUACGCGUUAUGUUAAUGACGUCAUAGCAAGCGCUGCAUUUGGACUGCAAGUUGACAGUUAUUUGAAGCCCACAAAUGAGUUCCUAACGCAAGCGCAACAAUUGAGUCAGUUGAGUCUUUGGGGCGGCAUCAAAGUGCUGCUGCAAAUGAUGAUGCCCAAAGUUACGAGGUUGCUGAAACUACGCCCCAUGGAUUUUAACAAUGUGGAUUAUUUUCGCAACUUGUUGCACAAGCGUCAGAGUGGCAAGCAAAAAAUUAUGCGUGCGGAUAUGUUGCAGCAACUGUUGCAACAACAGUCGCAAAUAGCAAAGCAAUGCAAUUUCAGCAACGAGGAUUUGUUGGCGCAGUGUUUGCUUUUUAUUACCGCUGGCUGGGAGACUGUGGCAAGCUGUUUAAGCUUUACUUGCUACGAGCUGUUAAUGCAACCGGAGCUGCAACAAAAGCUCUACGAGGAGCUGCAUGCCAUGGAGCAGCAGCUGGCGGGCAAGCCUUUGGACUAUGAGGCUUUAGUAUCGCUUAAAUAUUUGGACUGCGUUGUGGCCGAAGCGCUGCGCAAAUGGCCGCCAACAAAUACAACAGAUCGCGAAUGCGUUGAGCCGUUUGAGCUGCGCACUGCGGAAGGCGAGACGCUAGUGCAGCUGCAAAAAGGCGAUUUGUUGCAUAUACCAAUUGCUGCACUGCAUCAUGAUCCCGAUAACUUUGAGCAACCAAUGGAAUUCAUUCCGGAGCGCUUUAGCGAUGAGCACAAAGCUCAAAUUAAACCUUUUAGCUACUUGCCCUUUGGCCUGGGUGCACGCUCUUGUUUGGGUCAAGAAUUUGCGCUUCUGCAAGUCAAGUCGCUGCUCUAUCAGUUGCUGCUCAAGUUUCAGCUCCUGCCCUGCGAACGCACCACGCAGGACAUGCUCAACAGUCUCGCAGGCUUCAGCAUGCAGCCGCGUGAGCUUUUCUGGUGUAAAAUCGCAGCGCGAGGCUUUGAAACUGAAGCGCAAUAAAAUUCACAGCAAGCUGCGCGUAAUUUAGUAUUUUAGCUAUGUGUUCAUUG